GGUGUGUUUCCGGGUCGCAGGGACCUUUUCCGGGGCUUGGCAGCGAGUCCGGGAAGCUGCCGCUGCCGGGUGUUAACUGUUCAUCUGCGUACCUGAUGCUGAAAUUUGUUCCUCUUUAAAUUGAGGAGACCAUUGUUAUGAUUCUCCGUGACUAAGUACCAUUCCCCCCAUCGUUACGUUAUAUGCCAAGCUGAUACAAUGAUGAAUUCUCAAAGUUUCUCAUUACCAACAAUGGUGCCCAGUAGCUCUGUUAUUAAUAGCUCCGUGACUAGUAACUUAUCAACGAACAAUCCACCCAGCAAAUCAGUUCUCAUUAGCAAACCAUUUAAAUGCUCUGAAUGUGGCAGGUCUUUUGCCCAGCUGACGGAGCUGGAGCUUCAUGAGAUGUCUCAUGCUGCAGAGCGACCAUAUCGCUGCGAGCUCUGUGGAAAGACCUUUGCGCAGACAUCAGCUCUGGUGAAGCACCAGCGUGUUCACACAGGAGAGAAGCCUUACAAGUGUCCCAUGUGUGGGAAGACCUUUGCCCUGUCCUCUGGCCUGGUACUACACAAACGCAUUCACACUGGCGAGCGGCCCCACACCUGCCCGCUCUGCGGCAAGAAAUUCAUCUCCUCCUCCCACCUGGCCCUGCAUCUGCGCUCGCACACGGGUGAGAGGAAGUACAAGUGCAAUGUGUGUGGGAAGCUCUUCCUACAGUCCUCGCACCUUGUGAGGCACAAAGCAAUCCACACGGGGGAAAAGCCCUUCAAAUGUGAGGACUGUGGGAAGAACUUUGGGCGUGCCUCACACCUGAAGACUCACAGACGUGUUCACACAGGGGAGAGGCCUUUCAAAUGCACCCAGUGCGAGAAGGCCUUUACACAGAAGGCAGGACUGAUCCUGCACAUCCGCCUUCACACUGGUGAGAGGCCCUACAAAUGUGACAAGUGUGGGAAAAACUUCCGUUCCUCCGCUCACCUCAUGUCGCAUCAGCUCCUUGAGUCUGGGGAGAGGAAUUUCAAAUGUACCACAUGCAGUAAGGCCUUUAAGCAGGCCUCAUCUCUCAAACAGCACUUAAAAACACACGAAGCCCGCGAGCCUCACCGCUGUUCUGUUUGUAGCCGAACUUUUUCUAGGUCCUCUUAUCUCCAGCUUCAUAUGAGAACGCACAGUGGGGAGAGGCCCUAUCAUUGCAUGGUUUGCAACCGGACUUAUGCCAAAAUGUCUACAUUUGAGAAACAUUGUAAAAAGCAUCAGCAGGAUGAAGAGAGGUGUGACAUCAGGCCCAGAGCAAUGACUACAAGGGCAAAAGCACUGGCUGAAAAGAAAAGGCAGGAGCAGAAACAGCAGCACCAAGAUGACCGCCCAGAACAACAUCAUCAGACUGACAGAGAGCAGCAACAAGAUGGAGAGCAUUUCCUGCUCUGUCAGCUGUCUUCUCCCAGUGACCGGAAGCCCAGGAUGCAGGAUCGACCCAGAAAUUCACUGUGUCUAAUUACCAAGGUGAUCUCUCAGAUGGAACUAGAGGAAGAGCCAUCGGUCCUGGAAAGGGAGAACCUAAGAAGCACCUGUACAGGUCAUGGGAUGGUGCGUGAGAAUGAGGAGGAGAGACCUGAGCAAGUGGAACUUCAUGUGACGUUACUGGGAAGAUCCAAAGCGCAGGGAAAUUUCUGCCCUCUUGAGCAGGGAAAAGCUUCUGAGAGUCCAGGCAGGUCCAAAAGGGAGCAAAGAAACCCUCCAGCAAAGAGACUGGGGAAAUCCAUCCAGCUUGGGGGAGGUGACCUCAAUGACCUCCCAAUCCCGCAGAGACUCCACACGGGAGAGGGAAAGAACACAUGCUCCGACUGUGGGAAAAGCUUCCGUGGGAGCUUAGGUCUUACUAGACAUCAGAGAAUCCAUUCGGGCGAGAAGCCCUACAGAUGUCUUUUGUGCGGGAAAGGCUUCACCGUCAGCUCCACCCUGGCUAAGCACCGGCGCAUCCACACUGGGGAGAAACCCUACCAGUGCCUCAGUUGUGGGAAGAGCUUCAUCCAGAGCUCGCAGCUCAUCACCCACCAGAGAACACACACGGGCGAGAAGCCCUACCAAUGCCCCGAAUGCGGGAAGGGCUUCAGCCGGAGCUCCCACCUCAUCAUCCACCAGAGGUUCCACACUGGAGAGAAGCCCUAUGAAUGCCCCCAAUGCGGGAAGGGCUUCAGCCAGAGCUCCAACCUGGCCACGCACCAGAGAGUGCACACGGGGGAGCGGCCCUACCAGUGCUCCCAGUGCGGGAAGGGCUUCGCGCAAAGCUCAGACUUCACCGCCCACCAGCGGCUGCACAUGGGCGAAAGGCCCUACCGCUGUGCCGAGUGUGGGAAAAGCUACACAAACAGCUCUGCCCUCAUCAAACACCAGAGGAACCACACGGGGGAGCGACCCUACAAAUGCCCCGAGUGCAGGAAGGGCUUCAGCCAGAGCUCCGCUCUGCUUGCCCACCAGCGGAUCCACACGGGAGAGAGGCCCUACAAGUGUCCUGAGUGUGGAAAGGGCUUUUAUGCGCGCUCCCCCCUUAUUGCACACCGGAGAACCCACACCGGCGAGACGCCCUACAUGUGUCCAGAGUGUGGGAAGGGCUUCCGCAAGAAAACCAGCCUGAACGUGCAUCAGAGAGACCACCCGGCGGAGGAACAAUGCCCUGACCAGGGCUGUCCCCAGUGA